UUGAUCGAGCCUUCUCGAUCUCACGUCCUCUUUUUCACACGUCCACAACCAGGAUGUCUCACAGAAAAUUCUCAGCUCCCAGGCACGGUUCCUUGGGCUUCCUGCCCCGCAAGCGCAGCAGGCGUCACCGAGGCAAAGCCAAGGCUUUCCCCAAGGAUGACAAGAGCAAGCCAGUGCAUCUGACCUGCUUCCUUGGAUACAAGGCUGGCAUGACCCAUAUUGUGAGGGACGUGGACAGACCCGGUUCAAAGGUGAACAAAAAGGAAGUAGUUGAAGCCGUCUCCAUCCUUGAAACACCUCCCAUGAUCAUUGUCGGUCUUGUGGGUUACAUCGAGACCCCAUCCGGUCUCCGUGCCCUCAAGACUGUCUGGGCUGAACAUCUCAGUGACGAGUGCAAGCGCCGAUUCUACAAAAACUGGUACCGCUCCAAGAAGAAGGCUUUCACCAAGUCUUCCAAGAAGUGGGCCGAUGAGAUGGGCAAGAAGGAGAUCGAGAAGGACCUAAACAUCAUGAAGAAAUAUUGCACCGUCAUCCGCGUCAUUGCUCACACCCAGAUGAAACUCAUGAACCAGCGCCAGAAGAAGGCUCACGUCAUGGAGAUCCAGCUCAACGGUGGCAGCAUCGGAGACAAGAUCGAGUGGGCCAGGGAGCGCCUGGAGAAGAACAUUCCAGUCUCUGAGGUCUUCGGACAGGACGAGUUGAUCGACAUCAUCGGUGUCACCAAGGGACAUGGGUUCAAGGGUGUGACCUCCCGUUGGGGAACCAAGAAGCUGCCCCGUAAGACCCACAAGGGUCUGCGCAAGGUGGCCUGUAUCGGAGCCUGGCAUCCAGCCCGUGUGGGCUACGGAGUUGCCCGUGCCGGUCAGAAGGGCUACCACCACCGUACCGAGAUCAACAAGAAGGUGUACCGCGUCGGCAAGGGCUACCAUUUGGACGGUGCCAAGCUGGUGAAGAACAACGGAGGCACGAUCCAGGACAUCACCGACAAGAGCAUCAACCCCAUGGGAGGAUUCCCUCACUAUGGUGAAGUGAAGAACGACUUCCUGAUGAUCAAGGGCUGCGUCGUCGGACCCAAGAAGAGGGUGCUUACUCUCCGCAAGUCUCUGCUCGUCCACACCAAGCGUGUUGCUCUGGAGAAGAUCACCCUCAAGCUGAUCGACACCACCUCCAAGUUUGGACAUGGUCGCUUCCAGACCCAUGCCGAGAAGAAGGCUUUCAUGGGUCCACUCAAGAAGGACCUACAGGCCGCCGAGGCAGCCUCCACCUAGAUGAAGCAAACCAUCUCGUGGUCCUCUUCAAAAUCUCAGUCACCAUUCACACCACACAUCAGAUGUUCGCCAGCUUGUUUCGGCUCCGCUUUUCAUCUUCAAUUUCAUCUGUGACAUCCCUGGUUUAUAUCAUCUGGACCACACCCAAGCAUGUAGAUCAUAAUUGAAAAUAAAUGGAUAUAUGCGUACACAAGUUA